AUGGCCCCGGCGCGGUUCGUCAUCAUAGUCGGUGCGUUGUCGGUGCUGGUUUGGUCCCCGGGGAUCCGUGCCCAUCCACGAUCGGUUACAGGGCGCCCCAGUGUCGAGGACACCGAAAUUGGGCAACUUCUCAGCGGGCUUGGGGAGACCCCACGUGAUGGAGAUGACUACGGAAGCUUCGAAACGGAGGACGAUCCGGUCGGUAAUGGAAGCGUCUCCAUCGAGGAACGAUCGGUGCAUAAGCGGAGCUUGAGUAACCUCGAAAUUCCACCGCUCAAAUGUGACAAGAACUGCACGGUGUAUCAUGUGGGCGUGCUGAUGGCGUCCCAUCUCGACUCACCGUUCGAUCUGGAACGCUGUGGACCGGCCAUCGAUCUGGCGCUGGAUUUGGUGAACCAAAGUCUCAUGAAGAUACACAACGUGCAGCUGAGCAAGGUGCAGCGCAGCUACGCGUCCUGUUCCGGCUCCAGAUCACCCGGACUUGCGGCUGACUUACACUUCAAGAAAAACGUGAUCGCUUUCAUCGGUCCAGCCUGCGCGUUUGCCCUCGAACCCGUGGCGCAACUUGCCGACUACUGGAACACUCCCAUCAUCACGGGCAUGGGCGAUCAGCCACCGUCGGAAGGUGAACUCUCGGUGACAUCCGGCAUUCUGGGCCGAUUGAGCAACAGGUGGAAAAACGAUAGCUCGGGCAUGUUCAAGGAUAAAUCGCGCUACCAAACGCUGACCCGCAUGUCGUACUGCCAGUGCCGGUUGAAGCUGGUGUUUUCGAGCAUCUUCCGGCAGUUUGGGUGGCGGCACAUCGCUCUCAUCAUCGACCGGUCGGAUCUGUUCUCGUUGACGGUUGGCAAGAACCUGGAGUAUGGUUUGAAGGACGAAGAGUUGCUGAAGUUCGUGCGCGAGCUGGACGGAAACGACGAGGAGGACAUCGAUGCCUAUCUGAAGGAUGCCAGCAUGUACGCUCGAGUGAUAAUACUCUCCGUGCGAGGCUCCCUGGUGCGGAAAUUCAUGCUGUCAGCGCUGGCCCUCGGCAUGACGCGCGGUGAGUUCACCUUUCUGGACGUGGAGAUCUUCCAGAGCUCGUACUGGGGCGACCACUACUGGGAGCUGGGCGAUGAGGACGACUUCAAGGCGCGCAAAUCGUACGAGGCGCUGUUGCGCGUGUCACUUCUCCAACCGACCAGCCCAACGUAUCAGUACUUUGCCGAAAAGGUGCGCUCCAUGGCGAAGCAUAACUACAACUACACGUUCGUCGAGGACGAGGAGGUGAACUUUUUCAUCGGGGCGUUCUUCGACGGUGUCUACCUGCUCGGGAUGGCGCUAAACGAAACGCUCAAUGAGGGUGGUGACAUUCACGAUGGGACGGCCAUUACGCGCAAGAUGUGGGGCCGUGACUUCGAAGGCAUUACCGGGCACGUGCGGAUCGAUGAUAACGGCGAUCGUGACGCCGACUACUCCAUCCUCGACCUGGAUCCAAUUACCGGCCGGUUCGAGGUGGUAGCGCAUUACUACGGCAUCACGCGCGAGUACUCCCCCGUCAAGGGCAAGAAAAUCCACUGGCCGGGUGGACGCGAGGGCCCUCCACCGGAUGUGCCCAAAUGUGGGUUCCUCGGCACGUCACCGGCUUGCCAGGGAAAUGGCGACAUGAUUAUCCUUUAUGGACUCGUCGGAUUCGGCAUAAUCUCCGCCUUUGCCGCAGCGGUCACGUAUAUCCUGUGCAAACAGGUGAAGCUUAACAGCGAACUGAACAACAUGUCCUGGCGUGUCCGACCCGACGAGGUGCUGCUGGAGGUGGGCAAAAUGUUUGGCAGCAAGAUGGGCCUGCAGAAGCUCAACUACGAGAACUUUUCGCUUCAGCAGUUCGGUCUCAACUCGGGCCGGGUCUCGAUCGCUUCCGGUAACUCGCAACUGCCCGCACAGCUCUUCACGACGAUCGGCAUCUAUAAGGGUGAACGGGUUGCGAUCAAAAAGGUCGCCAAAAAGAAGGUCUACAUCACCUCCACGUUGCUGUGGGAGAUCAAACAGGCGCGUGAUGUCAGCCACGAGAACACGGUACGGUUUGUGGGCGCUUGUAUCGAUUUGCCGCGGCCAACCAUUCUCAUCCUCACCGAGUACUGCCCCAAGGGUAGCCUAAAGGACGUGCUCGAGAACGAGGCCAUCCAGCUGGACUGGAAUUUCCGCAUGUCGCUCGUGCACGACGUAGUCAAGGGUAUGGCGUACCUUCACAACAGCGACGUUGGAGUUCACGGCAAAUUGCGCUCCUGCAACUGCCUCAUCGAUGGACGGUUCGUGUUGAAGAUCUCCGAUUUUGGCCUACGCACGUUAACCACACCGUCGGAGUACGUGCGCGAUCAGAACUACUACAACAUGUUGAACUUUACAGAGCUGCUGUGGGUGGCACCGGAACUGCUGCCGGCCACCGUUAUCCCUGGCACACCCGCAACGCAGAAAGGUGACGUGUACUCGUUCGCCAUCAUCCUGGAGGAGAUCGUCGUUCGGGGUGGCCCUUAUGAGACGGCUCGUCAGUUCCUUGACCCGCAGGCUAUAGUGGAGCGUGUGGCACUACACGAGAGCCCACCCUUUCGGCCGUUCGUUGGUCAACGUGACUGUCCUCCGGACCUUCUCGAUCUAAUGGAGAAGUGCUGGUCUGACAGCCCAGAUGAUCGACCAACGUUCUCUGGUAUCCGUAGCAGUGUGCGGCAGAUCAUGAAAGGUUUCUGCGAAAACUUGAUGGAUGAUCUGUUGCGGCGUAUGGAGCAGUAUGCGAACAAUCUCGAGAGCCUGGUGGAAGAGAAAACGGAACAACUCAGCAUGGAGAAACGUCGCACGGAAGAGCUGCUGUAUCAGGUGUUGCCUCGGCCCGUCGCCCAACAGCUGCUGGCCGGUGAGAUGGUACAACCGGAGCAGUUCGAGUGCGUCACGAUCUACUUCAGUGACAUCGUCGGGUUUACGGCUUUGUGUGCCCAAAGCCGCCCGAUGGAGGUGGUCGACUUUCUGAACGAUCUGUACAGCACGUUCGAUCGCAUCAUUGGAUUCUACGACGUGUACAAGGUAGAGACGAUCGGUGACGCGUACAUGGUGGUGUCUGGGUUGCCGGAACGGAAUGGGCAUGAUCACGCGCGGGAGAUCGGCCUGAUGGCACUUGCUAUCCUGGAUGCGGUGAAAUCGUUCACCAUCAAGCAUAAGCCGGAUUAUCAGCUGAAAAUUCGUAUCGGCAUCCACUCGGGGCCGGUGUGUGCCGGUGUCGUGGGACAGAAGAUGCCACAUUACUGCUUGUUUGGGGAUACGGUCAACACCGCCUCGCGGUUAGAGUCCACUGGACACCCACUCAAAAUACACGUUUCGGAAGCGGCCAAACAGAUCCUGGAUAAGUUUGGCACCUUCCGGACCGAACUGAGAGGAGACGUGGAGCUGAAAGGGAAAGGCAUCGUGACGACCUACUGGUUGCUGGAGUGCUCCGAGCCUGACCCGAGACCUCCGACGCCGAUGAAAAACUACAACGAGAAUGAGGUGCCGUUCCCGAUCCUGUUUCCCGCGAUCGGGAAGUAAGCUGGGGAUGGGCGCCACCUCAACCUGAAACCAUUAUGCUGGAGUGCCCUUGUACCGUGUCAAUGUUAGCCAACUCAGUGUCUUUUUCGCUUCGUAGUUCGUAAUCAAUCCAAAAGCGGGGAUCGCAUUGCGAUGAAUGCCGGUUGGUUUCUUAGCCCGAUCAGAAGGGCUUGCUGGCAUCGUUAUCCUCGUAUCCCGUGUCAAUUCAAUGGAUCAGCGGGUGUGGCAGCAUAGCACACCCUUUUGAUGUUAUCGUGCCACGUGUGGGCACGUGCUUUGAGAGCGUUAUUUGAAGGGAGAUACAACGAGAGCGAAAGGAAAAGAUGAAUGAACUAUUUUGUGUAGGAUUUACGGCAGGCAGAUAAACAAGAAACAAAACACCCAUGUGUCAACUAUUUAGAUGUAUUUUCUCUGUC